GGUAAGUUGUAUCAUUCGCCUUUAAACAUUAGCUGUAGACGGAUUUACAACUGAUCAAGACACAAGUUUUUUUUAGGCAUGGCAACUGAAGAACGGACAAUUGUGGUGGAGCAAGGCUCUUCAUCGGACAAUACAGAAGAUGAAUCAUUGUCGUCUGACAGUGACGGGGACGAGGUAGAAGUGUAUACACCAUACUCAUAUCAGGCCACGGUACCGGCACAAUGGUCAUAUCCAGCCAUGGUACAACCAGGUCCCUACUACCAUGUCCACGCCACCAGAAAGGGGAGUCCAUCACAUGGCCACCAUCACGGGAGAAGACGUGACAAUGGAGACCAUGGUCACAGGAAGCACGGCAAGGAGCGUCGUCAUGGUAAGCAGGAUGGUCACGAUCAGGAGCACUCCGAUGACCAAGAUGAACAGGAUACUGAAGGUCAUCACCAUGGCACUAGAGGUCACCACCAUGGUUCCAAAGGUCACCACCGUCGUGGAGGACAUAAACACCAUGGAGACGGCCACAGAUCCAGGCGGGGAGCACAUGGAGGAAGACAUGGACAUCGCCGCCAUGGGAACCGUUCAAGUGAAGAUGGGUGCGACCUCGUCCUCAGAUGUGUCGAUGUCCAUGACUUCAAACAAGAGGAGGUCAAGGUCACAGUAUCAGGUGACAAGGUGAAGGUCAAGGCUGUAAAUGAUAAAGGGGAAAUAUCGCGAGUGUUCAAAGUCACCAAAGAUUACGACAUGAGCAAGGUGCGCGUUUCCAGAUCAUAUUCCGGUGUUCUUAGAGUGGUUGUUCCGGCCAAAGAUUCGAGUGAAAAAGUGGAGGAAGAUACUACCACACAGGAGCCGUGAUAUGCCUAACUACCGACUACAGCUUAGGUAGUCUGACAGGCACUUGGCCAGCGAAUUAUUAAGUGAGAAAUUUAAAAUUAAUAUCUGUUCACAAUUCCGUUUUUUAUUAUUCCUAUGUGUGUAUUGUGUACUACGAAAGUUUGGUUUAUAGUAAUCUGGAAGGUAUUAAAGACAUGUAUUCCUUAUAGUCUAAAUCUUACUAAAUAUAAAAAUUUACAAAUGGCAGAUUAUUUACACAUAUGAAAUAUAUCUUAUUUACUUGAUUGGAUAUGAAUAUGAAAUGUUGAAUAUGAAUAUUAAAUAUUAAAUAUCAUAGAAAAUGUUAAAAGAUUAGAACACAAGAUGAGUUGUGAAACAUUAGCGCUUUUAUUUCUUCUUCAUAUGUUUUACAAAAUGUUGUUUUACAAAAAGUUUUGUAAAACAUCUGAAGAAGAAAUGAAAGCGCUAAUGAUUUAGCUAUAACUUAUCGUGUUUCCACUAUAUUCACGCUGGGCACGGAUAUACAAGUUUUAUCGAAUUCAUAUUUACAAAUUAUGCAAGUUCAUACAGUAUAUAGAUUAUUCACAACAAUGUUGUAUCUCAAUAUUGAAGUUAAUAUUGCAUAAGAUUCGUGUAUAAAAUAUUGAAUAUAAAUAAAGUUAUACUAUAAAAUGCACAUUUAACCAUCCACUGUAUUGUGGCGGUACUAUUUUCGGACAUUAAAUAUUUGUGUUAAGGUGUAUUAAAGUAGACUUCCGAUUAUAAACUCAUUAUGUUCAUUUUUAUAUUUAGUUUUAGUCGUAAUACAAACUUUU